UAAGCAAGUGACAGCGCAUCGAAAACUUUUGUUUGCAAUCAGCUAAUUUCGCUUCAUCGCGAAAUCGUGUUGACAAUCCCGUAAAUUUGGCACACAUUCGCUGGGAGACUCCCUAAAGAUGACUUGCCGCACAGAAGGUGACGAUGGAGACAUCUGUGGAUGGGCCAGUUCAAUACUGGUAUACAGCAAAAAUAAUAUCUCAGCAGUGACAUCACGAGUGCAACAGUUUGUGGAGGAGAGGAUGCAGACCACUAUGCUCACAGGUGUCCUGAUAGGUGCCGCCGUCGCAGUCUCAGUGAUCGGGAUUGUGGUGCUCUUUUUGUACAGGAGGUUCAAGCAUGCUCGUGAACAGCAGCCUGGUGUACCUCAUUAUCGCUUCAGAAAACGAGAUAAAGUGCUCUUCUAUGGUCGAAAAAUCAUGCGCAAGGUCCAGACUUUGUCCUCAAUUCCUCCUACUACUUCGCCAUCUACCUCAGUGUCAAAGCAACCACAGCGUGUGCGCAAGAGAACCAAAGUUCUUAGCAUUGCUCGCAAAAUCCUUCGUAUCCGUAAGGACCCUCCUACUCUUCAGCCUAAAGAACCGCCACCCUCUCUGCUGGAGGCUGACCUGACUGAGUUUGACGUGCAGAGUUCAAAUCUUCCCUCUGAGGUGCUCUAUAUGCUGAAGAAUGUCAGGGUGUUGGGACACUUUGACAAGCCCCUCUUCCUCGAGCUGUGUCGCCACAUGGUGUUUGUUGAGCUGCAGGAGAGUGAGGGUCUUUUCAAGCCCGGAGAUGACGACGACAGCAUCUAUGUGGUCCAGGAUGGGCGACUUGAGCUCUGCAUCUUUGAGAACGAUGGUACAGAAGUAGCAGUGAAGGAUGUUCUUCCCGGCGACAGCGUACACAGCUUGCUCAGUAUUCUGGACAUCAUCACGGGGUUUCCAGCUCCCUACAAGACUGUAUCUGCUCGUGCAGCCACCCGCUCCACCAUCUUACGUUUACCUGCAUCCGCCUUUGAGUCUGUGUUCAAGAAAUACCCUGAGACACUAGUGCGUGUCAUUCAGAUAAUCAUGGUGCGGCUCCAAAGAGUCACCUUCUUGGCACUGCAUAACUACCUGGGCCUGACGACCGAGCUCUUCAAUCCGGAGAGCCAUGCGGUGCCUUUGUCCAACGUGAACAGCGUGGCGAGUGAAGCAAUAUCGGGCAAGACGACUCGCCGUUUGCACUUCCAAGAUGAGUUAGCUGUGGGCACCACAGAGAGCCCCGCAGAGACAGCAGAUGGUGUGAAGGACAGUCCUUCGAACAGCCACAGGAAGCAACGAUCCAUCUCGAUGCCCCCUGACAGCGCAGGCGACAUGACCAUGGCGUGCGAACGGGCUCGAGUCAACAUAGAUGAGACUCCACCCAGUCCUGCCAGUCAGAAGUCUAGCCUGAAGAAGAGCGUGACCAUGCAGCACACGCCCUCUGAGGUAUUUCACUACACGGACAGCGGGGGGCAGUCUGACGCUAUUCACCUCAGCAAGAGCGGCACAGUCUUCCAGGCUGCCAAAAAAGACCUGCUAGGGAUCAUCCAGUUGCAGGAUCCCAGCCUGCUUGAGGGAAGAGUGACCCUCCAUCAAGUGAAAGCUGGUUCUGUAGUGGCUCGUCAGGGAGAUCAGGAAGUGAGCAUUCAGUUUGUGAUUUCGGGCCUCCUCCAUGUUUACCAGCGGAUGAUUGACCGUGAGGAAGACACACGUCUUUUUGUGACGCACCCUGGAGAGCUUGUCGGUCAGCUUGCUGUCCUGACCGGAGAGCCCCUCAUAUUUACUGUUCGAGCACAGCGGGACUGCAGCUUCCUCUCCAUUUCCAAAACCCAUUUCUAUGAGAUAAUGCGCGUGGAGCCAAAGGUGGUGCUGAACGUUGCUCACACUGUGGUAAGGAGGAUGUCAUCCUUUGUCAGACAGAUCGACUUUGCACUCGAUUGGAUGGCCGUGGAAGCCGGCAGGGCCGUCUACAGGCAGGGAGAGAAAUCCGACAGUACUUUCAUCGUGCUCAGUGGACGACUGCGCUCUGUAAUCAUGAAGGAGGAUGGCAAGAAGGAACUGAUAGGAGAGUAUGGCCGUGGUGACCUGAUUGGAGUGGUGGAGGCCCUAACCCAUCAAAACAGAGCCACCACCGUCCACGCCGUACGGGACUCUGAGCUCGCCAAGCUGCCUGAGGGCGCCCUCAGCUCCAUCAAGAGGAAGUUCCCACAGGUUGUCACCAGGCUCAUCCACUUGCUUGGACAAAAGAUCCUCCAGCAGGUUAAUCUUCCUCUAACAGGUCGCAGUUUGGUGCUGCACACCCCUGGCAGUAAAUGGGACGCGGGCAACCAGGCCUCCAACCUCUCCACAGUGACAGUCCUUCCCGUCUCUGAGGAGGUGCCGCUCACCGCCUUUACCCUGGAACUGCAGCAUGCGCUCCUUGCAAUAGGUCCCACUCUUCUGUUGACCAGUGAUAUAAUUAAACAACGCCUCGGAGCUGCAGCACUAGACAGUGUUCAUGAAUAUCGUCUGUCAAGUUGGUUGGGCCAACAGGAAGACAUCCAUCGCAUAGUUCUCUACCAAACAGACUACACACUGACCCCCUGGACUCAGCGGUGCAUUCGUCAGGCCGACAGCAUCAUAAUUGUGGGCCUGGGUGAGCAGCACCCCGCCGUCGGAGAGCUGGAGCGCAUGUUGGAAGGGAGUGCCGUGCGCGCCCAGAAGCAGCUGGUGCUGCUUCACAAAGAAGACGGCCCCCCUCCCAAGGGGACUGUGGAAUGGCUUAACAUGCGGAGCUGGAUCUCCAGACACCUUCAUCUAUCAUGUCCACGACGGGUGUUCUCCAAGAGGAGUCUGCCCAAACUAUUGGAGCUGUAUCAACGUGUGUUUGAAAAGCCGGCAGACCGCCACUCAGAUUUUUCCCGACUGGCCCGAGUCCUCACUGGGAAUGCCAUUGCUCUCGUCCUGGGUGGAGGCGGGGCCAGAGGUUGUUCUCAGGUGGGGAUCCUUCGAGCCCUCUGUGAAGCCGGCAUCCCAGUCGACCUCAUCGGCGGCACUUCUAUCGGUUCUCUGUUGGGGGCGCUUUACGCCGAGGACCGCAGCCACAGCCGCAUGAGGAUGAGGGCUCGAGAAUGGGCAAUGGAAAUGACUUCAGUUUUCAAAAAGGUUCUAGAUUUAACAUACCCGGUCACCUCCAUGUUCUCUGGCGCGGCCUUCAACUCUGGUAUCAGCAAUGUUUUUAAGAGCAAGCAAAUUGAGGACCUUUGGAUACCAUAUUUUAAUAUCACAGCUGACAUUAGUGCCUCUGCAAUGAGAGUGCACACUGAUGGUUCUUUAUGGAGGUAUGUUCGUGCUAGCAUGUCUCUGUCAGGGUAUCUGCCUCCUCUCUGUGACCCGAAAGAUGGACACCUGCUUAUGGAUGGAGGCUACAUCAACAACCUGCCAGCUGAUGUCGCACGCUCCAUGGGGGCCAAAGUGGUGAUAGCUAUCGACGUGGGCAGCCGUGAUGAAACCAACCUCACUAAUUACGGCGAUUCGCUGUCAGGCUGGUGGCUGUUAUGGAAACGCCUCAACCCCCUAGCAGAGAAAGUCAAGGUGUUGAACAUGGCAGAGAUUCAGACCCGCUUGGCUUACGUGUGCUGCGUUCGACACCUGGAGUCAGUGAAGAACAGCGACUACUGCGAGUAUAUCCGACCCCCCAUUGACAGAUACCGGACGCUGGAGUUUGGGAAGUUCGAUGAGAUUGCUGAGGUGGGAUACCAGCACGGCAAGACUGUGUUUGAUGUGUGGAGUCGCAGUGGAGUGGUGGAGAAAAUGCUGAAAGACAGACACCAGGAGGAGUUUCACAACACGCAAUGCAAGAACAAUGUUUUGACAUGCCCCAACGCUUCCUUUACUGACUUGGCUGAAAUCGUAUCCCGCAUUGAGCCUGUCAAACCUGCCCUGGUAGAUGCUCCACAAUGUGAUCUUUUUUUUCUCCUGUCCUCACCUCCCUCCCCGUCAGAGGAGUCAGACUACCAAACUGACUAUGACGAGGAGGCAGUGGAGAGCGCACUGUCUGACCUGGAGCUAUACGGUCACUUUGGAGAGCAUACUGAAGGGGAGGAGACUGCGGACACGGAUGAAGAACUGGACGAAAGAAGUAUUCGACGUGUCAAUGCAGUCUCCGACCACGAACACUCACUGAGUAUCUCAGCCAAUCAGGAAGUACUUUCUAAACGUUCCGCCAAGUGAUGAGUGCAAUAACGAAGGAACAUUAGACCACCGUUGGCCUCAUUUACACUCCUUUCUCUACCACGUGACUCUUGAUUAACCUGCAUUCAGCGUCGUCUCGCUCAUUCCCAACCAUCAUCGUUUCUCAUAUUGAGAUAAUCUUAACUUUGAAUGGAUCGCAUCAGUCAAGAAGCGAAGAAAUUGCAAUAGUGUCACAAGGUAAUUUAUAUGAAAGAGUAUUAGGGCCACACUGAAAAGACAAAAAACGAUUACCUUGAGAAGUCGUAGAAUUAUGACUGAAACUCAGUGAAAGCUCACUAAAAGCACUUUCUGUCACAGUCUAUCCAUUCAUUUUCUGUAACCGCUUAUCUUGUUCAGCGUUGUAGGGAGCUGGAGCCGAUCCCAGCUAGCUUUGGGCGAAUGGUGGACUAACUACACCCUGGACUAGUGGCUAAUCCACCACAAGGCACAUAUAGAGGCAGACAACCAUUUACAAUCUCACUCAAGAGUGGGAACUGAACCCAUGCUGCCAUGGGAUUGAACCACUGCACUAACACUGACCUAAAUAUUACUGUGCGUAUUGGAAUUUUAAACUAACACAACUAAAAUCAAAUACAGUGACUUAGGAGAGUUUUUGGAGAUUUCAGGCGUUUUUUGUUUUGUUUGGUUUUUUUUCUCAACUCACUUCACAACAAGCAGUAGUUUGGCAGUUAGUAAACAAAAAAGAGACGUCAAGCUGUUUAUUGCCAUAACCAAUUGUAGUUUACUGUGAAACUAAAUAUAAAGCAAAGACAAUUACACAUUUCUUAUUUAAAACAACCGCACAACUUUGCCUUAAGAAUCUCUGCUAGUUUGAUGCAAACACACAAUGUAAAACGCCAUUGACGAGCUACUGGAGAACUAGAACUAUAGAAAUAUUUGCACACAAGCGGUGAAGCUACACAUAUAGAUGACAAUUUAAGCAGCAAAGUAGCCUAGUGGCACGUCUGCCUCAGUUCUGAAUCUCUGUUCUGAUCUUCCAGUUUGGAGUUUGCAUGUUGUCCACAUGCUUGCGUUUUUUGUUUUGUUUUAUUAGGAUAAUUGAAGACUUCAAAAGAGUCCGGGGUGUACCCGCCUCUCGUCCAAAGUCAGCGGUGAAAGUCACCAACGACCUUAGUGAGGACGAGCGCUAUAAAAAAAAAAAUGACUGGAUUUUACAACUUUUUAUUAACUUUACAACUUUAGUUUCACAGCAUUAGUGCUUUUUUCCACAUAACUUCACAACUUUAUUUUCACAACGGUUAACUUUUUGUUUAUUCUCAUAUAUUCUUGUAACAUUUUGCCUUGUAUUUUUCUGUGCAAAUGGCUUUUUAAUACUCCUUUGUUUAUUCUCUCAAUUUACUGUUUAAAAAGUGCCAGUGUAUGCAGGUUUUUUUUUUUUGUUAUUUGGGGAAACCACGUUUUGUGCCAUACUUGAAGACUGAGUGGAAAAGUUGGACAAAAAAAUAGUAACAGCUACAAUUUAGCUGACACUGCCCAUUUUUCCUCAUCUCAGAAUUCACACAAAACAAAAAAGAAAAUACAAACGCCUUGCUGUUGCCUCUUAAUGAAUAAAGUUGUAUUAUAAGGUUGUAGGGGUUUAGGCUUAGCCGAAAAAAUAUCUUCCAAUACAGAAUGCCUUUUUGCUUCCAACCUUUUGCUGGUUAGACAAUGUUACUGAAAAAAUGAUUUAGAUUUACUUGACUGUUUUUUGUGGUCUUGCACCACCUUUACUUGCCAUGUGUGAUUUAUUCUUCCAAUGUAUGGUGACAGUGUGGACAAACCGUACAGAGAACAUAGAACCUCAGCCUUUAGGCAAAAGUAGCUCGCCGAGCAUCCCAGACAUGCACUUCAAUGCAAAUAUUGAUUUAUCUGUGUUGUAGCCUUUCUAGACUGAUCACUCUCCCCAUGUUACACUAUUUUUAUAGCAUUUGUCAUCACAAUCAUCAUCGAUCAUUUAGUUUACAUGUAAGAUUGCAUUGCUGUGCUAAUCCUCUCGAAGAAACGCGCAAUUAAGAAUUUAUUAGCUAAUUAAAUUUGUAAUCUCACUGCAGCCUUGUAAUUAAGUUUUGAUGAGAAAACAUUUGAAGAACUUAUUGGGAUACCAGACUCACAUUCACAGAAUGUAGAAAAAAGAAAGUUGGAGUUGGUCUUUCUUCCCUUUCUUUGCAACCAUAACAGCUCGGUAGACUAUCUGCAACAAGAUUUUGGAAUGUGUCGGUGGCAAUUGUUAUCCUUGAUCGACAAGAACAUUGAGCGAGGGCCUUCCGCAAGCUGUUUCCACAAAGUCGCACAAAGAAUUGCCUAAAAUUUCUUGAUUAAAAUUAAAAAUAAAGAUUCUGAGGGAAUAAGGGGUCUAACCCAAUUAGCUGUUGUUCCAUCAAUGUGUUUCUCAAUUCCUUACUACAUGUAGUGUGAUGUCAAAUGCAUGAAUAUUUUUCAUUACUGUAAUUUAUUAAAUAAAUGCCUUAAUACUGGGCUUUAAGAGCUCAGCGCUUUAUCCAAGAACAAUGCAACCUCUAAGAUGAAAACACAGUCAUUCACAGGACUUACCCCCCAUCCCCCCACCUUAAAUUCAGAAAAAAAUGUCCUAUACGAAGGAAUACAAACAGUCUUUUCCAAGAUCACACUGUGGUCGUCAUAAAGGCUUUAUUAACUGUGAACAGUUUUCUUAAGUGACACUACUUUUGUACAAGUGCACAACCUGUAAACCAUAAAAACUGUCUUAAAGGCACAAUUUGUUGCGUUGCAGCCUUAUGAAAUUAAUUUUGAUUUCUCAGUUGUAAAAAAAAAAAAAAAGUUUAAAAACUGCAGAACAUAAGCCUAACUAGGCCUUUUAUAGAAUACCUCUAGUUUUGUCCUGCACAUCUUCACUAAUACCAUUUGUUAUGGCUUGUUCUUUUGGAUUACCGUAUUUUCACGACCCUAUAUAGGGCGCACCGUAUUAAAAGGCGCAGUCUCAGUUACGACUCUGAGGCGGAACCGAAGUCUUUGUGUGAUGUCCUGCACGAAGACAGUUUGAACUCUGACCUUUUGUGUUAACUUAGAGGCGCCUUUACCCCGAAAAAAUUUGCCUAAUUUCAAAUUGUGCGACCUUAGCGGUUGCGCUGUUGAAACAUCACAUCUGAUGCUAGCUGCAGUGGAUCUAGAGUCUACGCACCUCUGUUCAAAUGCCAUGUUUCUGUAAUAUAAAAAAUGAGACCAAGAUAAAUAAUUUCCACCAUUUAUGUGACUAACCUGUACAACUCGAUUUGAACAGUUCUUUUAACCGUUUUGAGACGGGAAGUAAAAUUAAUGUUAUCUGAACAAAGCCACAUCCUAGAUACAAGAGGGUGGGCACACUUGUGCAGCCACAUUUCUACAGUUUAUUUUUACAUCACUAUCUCAAUUUUGUUCUUCUUCUCAAUUGAGUCGUACAAAGUAUUGCCCAUCUUAAUGGUGGAAAAUGUUUUGACGUGAUUUAUCUUGGUCUCAUUUUUUAAAAUCACAAAAUGCUGGCAUUUGAACAAGGACGUGUAGACUUUUUCUAUCCAAUUGAAUCGGAGCCAAGGGGUUGUUACUUCUGGUGUGUUUUGCAUGUUUGGGGUGUUUCCAAAAAAAGUAAGCACAAAGAAAUAGAUGUUUUUGGUCACAGUGAAUGUUUGUUUGAAACGGUGAUGGAUGAGACUUUGAUGCCAAGUGUGGAAGUACGCCAGGUGACUGAAACAAACACAACCACUUGUGCCCUCAUUUAGCCUUUUGCUUUGAUUGAUAAGCACACAGUGUUUACCAGUAUGCCUUCCCGCCAUUGCUUAAUGAGUAUUUAUUAUGUUGUAUUGUAUGACUUUGAUUAUGAAGUAUUACUAACAAAAUCACUAUUGUUUAAUUUGUAUGUUGUAUAUGAUAAAUAAAUGAUUCAAUUGAAG